GCUUGACUUGGGCUCGCCCGCAACUCUGCAAGAUUUUCGCCGCUCUCCUACGCGGCUUACGCGUGACUCGUUUGCUGUUCGCAGGAAUGGCUGCACCAGGUCCCUCGACUCACCAGACAAAACUUGAAGGCUAUGAUUUCUUCCGCAAGGUCCUCGGCAGUCCGAAAUAUGUUGUGGCCCCGAUGGUGGACCAAAGCGAACUGGCGUGGAGAAGACUAUCGAGAAAAUAUGGCGCACAGCUUAUAUACACUCCCAUGAUCAACGCAAGGAUGUUUGCCCAAGAUCAGCGGAAAUCAUAUAGGCCGGAAAUGUUUGACCUCGGGAGCGGUGAGGAGGGUGGACUCGGAGAUAGACCUUUAAUCGUCCAAUUCGCCGCCAACGAUCUUGAUUGGCUCUUGAAAGCAGCCAAGAUGGUAGAGGCUCGCUGCGACGCUGUGGAUAUCAACUUGGGCUGUCCUCAGGAUAUCGCAAGGCGCGGGCAUUACGGCUCGUACCUGCAGGAUGAAUGGGAUCUCAUUUAUAAGAUGAUCAAUAACCUACACAAGAACCUUUCAAUCCCUGUCACCGCAAAGUUCCGUGUGUUCCCAACUAUCGAGAAGACAGUCGAGUACGCGAAGAUGCUUGAGAGCGCGGGUGCCCAGAUCCUGACAUGCCACGGUCGUACCCGCGAACAACGGGGUCACAAUACAGGUCUCGCAGACUGGGAAAAGAUCCGCGCAGUCAAGGAGGCCGUCUCUGUUCCUGUCAUUGCUAACGGCAACAUCCUGUUCCACUCCGACAUCGAGGCCUGUCUCGCCGCAACAGGCGCCGAUGCUGUCAUGUCCGCUGAGGGAAACCUCUACAACCCUGUCGUCUUCAUGUCUGCGCCUGCGUCAUCAUCAUCGCUCGCCGACCCUGCACUCCCGUCAACUUGGUGCAUCUCAUCAGACGGCCUGCACCUUCCUCAUACGCACCUUGCGCUCGAGUAUCUGGCUAUUGUGAAAUCGCAGAAGACGCGAACGAAGGGCAGCGCGGUGAAGGGGCAUCUGUUCAAGCUACUUCGGCCUGCCCUUGGUCGCGAGACCGACUUGCGCGACCGUCUGGGACGAAUACAGAUCAAGCGCCUCGGAGACAGUGAGGCGUGGGACCAAUACGAAGCCCUCAUCAAGGAGUUUGACGAGCGGAUGCAGCGGGACGCCAGAGCGGCAGAAGGUCGCCCUGUCGACAAGCUGAUCACCGUGCAUGAAUCAACGGGGCUCAAGAUGAUGCCACAUUGGGUCGCGCAGCCAUAUUUCCGGGCGAUGCCCAAGGUCGUGGAGCAGGCGGAGAAGAAUGAGGAGACUGCAGAGUCCGUCGUCGCUGAGGGUGGCGAGCCUCAGUGUGCAUCAGCAGAUGUUGAUAUACCGCCUUAUGGGAGCGCAGCAGGUAAACGUGCACCCUCUGAACGGACACCAGAGCUAGAUGAGCUUGCGAAGCGUGUCAAGCUUGUACGGGAAGAUGCGGCUGAACCGUUAGCUGCUGCGUCGUAGACUAUGCGUUACGCAUGGAAUCGAUGUUCCACUGUGUGGCCGCUGCGGACAAAUAAUCAGUUGUGUUCCAGGCCAAGGACGCGGAGCGUCCCAGACGUUUAAUGGCGCGCCGGCCAUAACCCGUUUGCGG